UUUGUCUCGCUGCGCUUGCCGUAGGAGACAUUUCUGACAGCUGUGGCAAUCAUGGCCGAAGACAGCUUAAUGGAAGGCGAAGAGGAAAACAUUUUAUACGAUUUAUUAGUCAUUACGGAAUGGCCACCGGAGACUGACACACAGUUACGGGGCAUAAAGGAGUACAGCACGUCUGUAAUUGCAAAAGCGGUAACAGGACCGUUCCGAUUGCUCCUUCACUAUCUGUGGUAUAGCCCCUCUAGCUCAUCUCUGCCUCUUGGUCUCGUCCGACUGGCAAACAAGCAAAUCAACUGGCAGCUGGUUCUUUCAAGUAAUGGCAAACUAUUGGCGGUUGUUCAAGAUCAGUGUGUGGAAAUUAGAUCUGCGAGAGAUGACUUUGGCUCUGUCAUUGGAAAAUGCCAGGUGCCAAAGGACCCCAACCCUCAGUGGCGAAAGGUGGCGUGGAGCUACGACUGCACUCUGUUGGCAUAUGCGGACAGCACAGGCACUGUUCGCCUUUUUGACCUCAUUGGCAGCGAACUUUUUGUCAUUCCUCCGGUGGUGAGUUUUCCUGGAGAUUUCAGCUGUGCAGUCGCAGGACUGAUCUUCUUGGAGUACACGGCAAGUGCUCAGUGGUCAGCAGAGCUUCUUGUGAUCACAUACAGUGGUGGACUCAAGAGCUACCUUGUAAGUGUUGGAACCAAUCAAAACUUCCAGGAGAACCACACCUUCAGCUUUUCUCCGCACCAUUCUCGUGGCAUCACCUCGGCCGUUUAUCACCCUGCUCACCGAUUGCUGCUGGUAGGGGGCUGUGAAUCAGGGGAUAAUGGUGCAUCCAAGGCCUCCUGCAGCGGCAUCACUGCCUGGAGGGCGCUCUCUGGCUCGCCUCACUACAAGCAGGUCACCAGUUACGAGGACGAUAUUGGUUUGAGUCAGAGGAGAGGUUUCUUCAGGAUUCCCAGCGUAAGAUUCUUUUCAAGGCAAGGAGAUGAAAAGGACGGUGUGUUCCGCAUGAGCCUGAGCCCUGACGGGACACUUCUGGCUGUUAUCCACUUCUCUGGGCGUUUGUCUGUCUGGGACAUCCCUUCCCUAAAACAGAGGACCACAUGGAGCCAGGACCUACAGCCAGGAUUUGAGGAGAUCAACCCGGAGUGGAAGACGUCACUGGAGAGAAGGAAGAAAAUAAAAGAUAAGGAGCAGUACUACCCACUGGUGGAUGUGAGUUGGUGGAGUGACAACGUGUUGAUUCUGGCUCGUUGCUCUGGGUCGGUCACCGUAUCGUCCGUCAGAACGUUACGCAACCUUCUGGGGAAGUCCUGCGAAUGGUUCGAGCCUUCACCCAGAGUCACUGCUGCGCAUGAUGGGGGCUUCCUAAGCCUGGAGUGCGAGGUGAGACUUGCUCAGAAGCGUGCACGCUUUGAAAGCAAUCUCAGCAGCGGCGGAACCAUCGAGGAAGAAGAAGGAGAUGAUGGCGGAGACUCUGAUUCGGAUGAAGAGUCCUCAGCAAAAGCCCGCUACUUUGGCUACAUCAAGCAGGGCUUGUAUUACGUGACGGAGAUGGAACGUUUCGCGCCGCCACGCAAACGACCCAGAACAGUUGCUAAGAACUACCGCCUGGUCAGUUUGAGGUCCACCACCCCAGAGGAGCUGUAUCAGAGGAAGAUUGACAAUGAGGAAUAUGGAGAAGCUCUGUCACUCGCUCAGGCAUAUAAGCUGGACUCUGAUCUAGUCUACCAGAGACAGUGGAGGAAGAGCCAUGUCAGCAUUGCCUCAAUUCAAGAUUAUCUGAGCAAAAUCCGCAAGCGCUCCUGGGUAUUGCAUGAGUGUGUGGAGCGUGUCCCAGAAAAUGUAGAUGCUGCUAAAGAGCUGCUUCAGUAUGGGCUGAAGGGAACUGACCUGGAGGCCCUCAUAGCCAUUGGGCUAAAUGAAGAUGGUGGCAAGUUUAUCAUGCCUGGCGAUGUGGACCUUGAUGAUCUCCCAUAUGAAGACCUCUUGUCUGAUGAUGAGGAGCUAGAGAUGAAGAAGGAUAAGGAGAAAAGGAAAAUACAGGAGCUGCUAGCCAAGGUUGAUUUCAGCAGGUUGACCCUGGAGCAGAAGGAGCUGUGUCGUAGUCGACUGAAGCUGCUCUGCUACCUGGACCGACUGGCAACGUACGAGGAGAUACUUGGUGGGCCUCAUGCAGCUGAACAGAAAUAUGAUGCAGAGUUCUUCAAGAAGUUCCGGAGUCAAAAUAUUGUUCUGUCUGCAAGAAACUAUGCCAGGGAGAGCAAUGUUCAGGCUCUGAAUAUUCUGUUCACGUAUCAUGGAGAAGAACUCCUGCAGCACAGGCUGGCUAUCCUCUACAACUUUCCAGAAACCACCUCUCCCCACGAAUAUGCCGUUCUGCUGCCCGAGGCCUGUACGGAUGAAAGAGGGGAGUUGGCGUUGAUCCCUUGGGAGGAGCAAAGACACAGAGAGAUGGACUGGUGUGAGGCAGAGGAGUGCAGAGCGGUUCUGGACCAAAGCUUGUUUGAUGAUGAUGGUUUCCUAUAUGAGGAUUCUCCAGAGUUGCAAAGAUUUCGUACAGCCACACCGUCCAUUGAGCUUCUAUCUGACUGGUACCGGAGCAGAGCCCAGGACAUCGACUCCACCUCCAGACAGGUGGACUGCUCCUUGUCACUGGUAAGGCUGGGGAAGGAGCGGGAGAUCCCAGGGCUGGAGCUCCUGGCUGAUGACUUGGUCACCAUGGAAACGCUGGUGUAUGAGGCAUCAUGUGAACUCAGCCUGACACUUAAAGAUUUGCAGCAGCUCGGGGACAUUGACAAACUGCGCCUGCUUAUGAAAAACUCGAAUCCUGAGCGCUACAAGAAAGAUGCCGUCCAGUGGAUGGUGCCAUUCUUGCACCGCUGUGAGGGACACAGCGAAGGCGCUGCCAAGUCUCUGCUUACAAACUACCUGGUCAGCCUGGGCCAGCAAGACCUCACUCUCCCUCUGAUCAUUUUCCAGCACUCUAAACCUGUCUGCCAGCUGAAGAUUAUUGGAGACCCAGACCAGCUGAUGGAGGUAGCCUUGGAGUGCAUCUACAACUGUGAGAGAGACGACCAGCUCAGCCUCUGUUACGACAUUCUGGAGUGUCUUCCCCAAAGGGGCUAUGGACCAGAGACAGACAUCACAGGAUCACUCCAUGACAAAGUGGACAAACUUGAAAAGCAUCUAAGUGUGGUGGAAGUUUUGGAGAAGCAUGGCCUCCAGAAGCCCAUCUCAUAUGUGAAGAACAGCCAGAACAGUAAGGAGGAGGCCCACCAACUAAUGGUCAAGCUGUGCCGUCACACCGGCCGCAAGAACCCUCCAGUCAGUGAUUCAGUGUGGAGAGCUCUCCUGCAGGACCUGCUUGAUAUGCAGCAGAACGUUUACACUUGCCUAAAAUCAGAGACAUGUUAUCAGAUUUUUGUUGAGUCCCUGCUGUGCUCAAGCCGUGUGGAGAACAUACGCCUGGCAGGGCAGCUUAUGCAUUGCUCCACGGUGAAACAGGAUGUUCCCGUUAGCUUGUCUUUCCGGGGAAAAGGUUGUGCUUUGAAGGUGGCCUACAACAGCAGCUUGGAGUUGGUUUUGGCUGCUGCCAGGGAGUACUUCAACUCCUCCACAGCACUAACAGAUCCCUGCAUGGGGCUGGCCAGGGCAUGUCUCCAACUGAUCACCGACUGUCCUCCAGCCAUCCAGGAGGAACUGGAUCUCAUCAGUGCUCUCAGUCAACUGGAGGACUUCAGCGUUCGCAUUCUCCCGCUGCAAGUGCGACUGCGAUCAGACCGCUUAUCUCUCAUCCAAGAGUGCAUCGCCCAAUGCUCCACAGCCUACAAACAAUCUGCCACGUUGCUCAACCUGGCCUCGCUUCUACGAGUGUCAGGAGAUGACGACAACAGGCGAAAAGGCCAAGUGCUGACCUUGUUGGCAGAGCAAGCCCUCAAAUGUCUGGACUUUAAAGCCUCUUACAUCCACUGUCAGGACCUCAUGGGUGCAGGUUACAGUCCAGCGUGGGAGGUGUGCAGUUUGCUCGGUCAGAGUGAGGGUUACAGAGACCUGGAAGCGCGACAAGAAUUGUUAGCCUUUGCUUUGACACACUGUCCCCCAGACAACAUCCACGCCCUCCUUGCUGCCUCCAGUGACUUGCAAACUCAGUUGUUGUACCAGACUGUUAAUUAUCAAAUGGAGCCUGCCAAUAAAGAGAGUGGACAAGAAGUAGCUAAGGCUGACUAUCUCAAGGCUGGCACAUCUAGAGACCUCCUUCAUAGGACUACAGCAAAGACCAUGGAAGUGUUGACCACCACUGGACUGACAACCAAGGCAGUGCUGACAGCAGUCAGUGACCACCGUUGGUGGAAGGAGUCACUUAAUUACCUCCGUCCACUUCAGGGUCAUGGAGCAGGAGCCACCAACCAGGAAGGGGUAUAUGAAAACUCCAACCUGGAGCACCAGGGCUGCAGUGCUUUUUAUCAGGAGCUCAUUGAGGAUCCCUAUGUAGACCCGAGUCAAGAUUUUUACUCGUCCUACAAAGAAAUGCCUCAGGAAAACUUUGCUGAGGUUUUGCUGAGGACAGGGAAAUUAGCUGAGGCUAAAACAGAAGGAAAAACCUUGUUUCCUGCGACAGAAGUUUUGCUGCAGCUGGCCAAUGAUGCAUUUCCCAGAGACAUGAUGCUGGCUCUGUCCUACUUACUGGCCCUGCCUCAGGUGUUGGAUGCCAACAAGUGUUUUGAGAAGCAGUGCCACUCUGCUCUGUCACUCCAGCUGGCUGCUUACUACUACUCCCUGCAGAUCUAUUCCCGCCUCGUGCCCUGCUUCAAGGACAAAAACCACACUCUCUAUCAGGCCGAUCCGAAGGACCUGAUUCGACUGGUCACGCAGCAUGUCUCCUCAUAUUCGGCCUGGCCAGAGGAGCUGCAGAAGCUAAUCAGUCAGUUGUACGUGUACAAUGAGCGUUUGACAGACUUCACUCAGGCUCAGGUGUUGCAGGGCCUGGGCCGGGGAGUGGACGUGCAGCGCUUCAGCUCUGACUUGGAGUACAAGAAAAACACUAUUCUCGGCCUCACAGAGACACUGGAUGACGACGUGUACAGGAUUGCUUUAUCCCUGGCAAAGCGUUACUCCGUCCCUCUGUGGGAGGUCUACAUGACCCACCUCGAGUUCCUCUUUACAGAAAGCAGUCUUUCCACUGAAGAAAUCGAAAGUCGGAGUAACUCCCUCAAACUGUUUGACACUUUGAAAAGCGACCCGGAGGCCUUUUACAGCCACAUGACCAAAUAUGUUCUGCCCACUGUGGAGGGAAGUGACCUGGGCCGCCUUCUCUACUACUACACCUUAAUAGACGCUGCAGGCUGUGAGCCUUAUGUGACCACCAUCAUAAAACCAGACUCUCAUGUCAAACUGCUGAAGAACCUUCGUACUAUUGCCAAAGGUGUAAACUACAAAAAGCUGACUGAUGAGUCCUCUGAUCCACUGGCCACAUUACAGCCAGUCCUGACCAGUCAGAAUGUUCAGUCCAUCUCUAAACUCUCCAAUCGGCUGCCUUUACCCGGAGGCGGCAAGGCAACGGUCUCCGCCAGCGCAGUUCACGCACUAUGGCUGCAGAAAUUGUUUUGGAAAGGAGAUCCACAGCUGCUGAAACGACCCCCACGCAGUGAUCAGGAUUACCUGCAUGCUUACAACACCUGUGCCAAGUACCUGGACAAACUAGUCCCCACAGAUGCCAUCUGCUUCCUGGACAGUAUCACUUUCUCUCCUGACGCAGCCAAAAAUCUGAGCGUCCAAGCAAGGUUGGAGGUGAUAAAGCGAGCCUCCAAAGCCCUGCGCCAGCUGGCCGAAAAGAACAGGAACAGGAAGAAAGGAAUUGAUAAUAGUGGAGAGCAUGACGGUACAGACCCAACAGGAAUGACUUCUGACGAGGCUCUAGCACACCUGCAGCAAUCCGAGGCCCACCUGGACACUCUGAGUCAUGCCUUCGUCCUGUCACUCAAAGACAGCCAGCAGGAACAGCGACAGCGCUACAGUCAGCUUUAUGAUUUGUCGCGGUCUGAAAGGUCAAAAAUUUGCGAGUUAGCAGUCACAAUGGCAACUGACGGACAUCCUCUGGAGCAGAUUAAAGAGCUUCUGUCUGUAGCUGUUGGACCGCUCGACCUGUCUGUCAAAACUGUGCUUCAGGAGGCUGUGCAGAGGGUCGUGGCAGCACUUAGUGGAGACCAAACUGCCCUGACAAAUUACCCUAAACCCCUCAGGGUCCUGGAGGGGUUGGUGGCAUCUGUGCACAACAAUGUGCAGAGCGGUGACAGCACUGUGACUUCAGAUGACCUCCUGGCUUGGCUGCGUCCGUUCUGCGGUGACGCAUCCCUCCCGGUGAGGCCUCGCAUCGACGUCCUGCAGAUCCUGGAAAGUAACUUCAGUCUGAUGGACCAUGACGUCCGUCUUCUGCUGCUCUACAGGACUCAGGCUGUGCUCAAAGACAGAGAGGUCCAGGUAGAGGAUGUGGAGGAUGAAGACAAACGGUAUGCCCUUUUCCAGGAGAUGUUGGAUAGAGCGCAAAAGUGGGAGGACUUUCAGUUGCUCAUGCUUCUCUUGCAAGCAUGGCCACACAUGAUGAAAGAUGAAGUGGCCCAGUCAGAGCGUAACCCCUGGGUGAUGCUGACCUCAACGCUGCUGACCCGCUGCCAGGCCUCAGAGAGCACAUUAGACUUGGGUCAGGAGUUGGUCUCCAUGGUGAGGUCUCUUUACAAGACCAAACACAAGCUCCCUGUACAGUGUAUCCGACAAAUAGCACACCUGCUGCUCCAAAACCAGCCGAGCCUCCAGCAGUCCGCACUGAAACUAAUGGCUGAGAGCGGCGAUGAGCAGCUGCUGCAGCUGACUCUGGAUCAGAUCAACGGCAUGAGUGCAGAGACUGCCUCCUCCUGCGACACAGAGCUGCUUUCGUUGCUCCUGGACGCAGGCCUCUUGGUGGGCUGCGUCUCCUCAGCCUUGUACCCCCUGCUCAGCUCCCACAUGCUGUCCCACCAGCAGGAGGGAGGCUGGGAUGUGGAAAAAGCUGCUGCGGACCUGAUGGCGAUGGGCCAUGGGCCAGAGGCAGGCUCCCUACUGCUUUCUCACAGAGGAACUCACAGGGCCCAGUUCACCUUCAACUCUGCUUUGUCCGUGCUCAAGAAGUGGCUGUGAGGAAGAUGCCACGCAGAGGGAUGAAGAGGAUGUUUUUGACCACUAAGGUAGACAUAGACAGAGAGUGUAGAAGUACUAGCAAGCCAUAUAUCUGUAUUUAGUUCUGUAAUUUGGUUGAGAGAUAAUCAAUAGAAAACUAUUUCAACAGCAUGAGAGAUGAUUGCUUUAAUAUUGAAACAUCGGUUCAACUAGAAAUGCACACAGACAUAUACAACCCCAUUCUCAGCUGUCAUUCAGUCACGACUGAGCGUUCAGACAGAGGGACUAAUCAGAAACCGCACAAGCUCCUUGCUUUUAUACAUGCGUAACGUCUCCUAUUGUGUGAUAAAGUAAUUGAGCAGUAGCUGGGAGCUGUGGGUGGAUAUUAGCCUAUUGUUCCAUGACAGGUUUGCCUCUUUAACGUCACGCCGUUAAACACCCUGCCUCUGCUCCGUUGUUUUCUCCCUAAUAAUAACUAAUUAAUUUCCUCUAAACAAAUUAGCCCCACUGCUGCCCCAUGUUGGGCGUGUGUGCGUGUGUGUUUUUAGGAAUAAACAUGUAUGUGGGUGUAUGACAAUGCUGUCAGCAUGAUUUGUUCCAGCUAAAUCAAUACAAGAUGAUUGUGGUUUUCAUGCCGUUCCACUUAUCAGAGCUGAAAUAAAGGAAACAUGUAAUGAUAA